ACUUUGGGGGUCGAAAUUUCAAUCCAACCCCCUGAAUCCCUUCAACCGCACACCACCACAUCCCAUCCAGAAAACCCACUCGCCCACCGCUCACCGCCCAUCAUACCCAUGCCUCCUUCCCAGUCCACGUGGCAGACCCCUCCUCCAGCCAGCAACUCCAUCGUUCGUACGUUGCGCACGCCUUAGCUAGUUUUAACGCACCAUUUAGACCAGAUUAGGAGUUUAUGAAGGGCUUGACAAACUCAAUCCCCCCAGCGGACCUAGUCAAAGCUGGCAAACACGGCGAGCCGGCUUGACUCGACCCAAAACGAGCCGAGCCGAGCCAGGCUCUGCUCAUGCCCACGUCCAGCGUAUAUACGCAUCGUAUAUACACUACAUGCUCGGCGAAAAUUGCGUAUCGUGCAACCUAGUUUACGGUCCUCGCAGUUGCGACGCGCGGUGUGCAUAAAAACUUAUACACACAGCUGGUCUUGAGCGAUGAAGCAGAGACACAGUGCUUAAGGAUUUUCCAUGAGUUAGGUGGGGCAACUGCACAGCGUUGUUGAGCGUUCUGGUUGACAAAGCUAUUCCAGCUAAAAACCCUCCCUUGACGUUCACCACUCACCCCCCUCCUCACCUAUCCCCAUCUUCACCCGCUCGAGACCAACACAUGUGGUGGGCAUGCUGAGUCUCACAACGAGUUACCUGCGCUUACCUAUCCUCCCCCCCUUCCCCCAGGGAGUGCAUUCGGACCCGGGGUGUGCGCUGAGCGGGCUGCCGGACCACUCGGUGGUGGUGGUGGGGUACAUCCUGGGGAGUGAGAGCGUGGCAGGGGACACGCCGCACUGGAUCGUGCGCAACUCAUGGGGGGACGCAUGGGGCGAGCACGGCCACAUGCGCAUCGCCAUGACUGGGGGGGAUGGCGUCUGCAACAUGCAUGCCACGCCCGCCUCCUACCCCACCAUCGCCACCUUGAGUCCUUGUGUGAACACUAUCAACCCGUGUGGGGGCGGGCAGUGUGUGGCGGGUCGCAGAGCAGGCUCUGCCACGUGCGUCUGCCCGCCAGGCUUCACAGCAGUCAGCAACGGCGACGGCACGCAGACAUGCGCCCCAGCCAACCCCUGCAGCUUCUACCUGUUCAACCCGUGUGGGUUUGGGUCGUGUGUGAGUGGCGGCAGUGGCGGGUACACGUGUGUGUGCUUCAGAGGCUUCCAGCCAGGCAGGCGAGCUGCUGAUGGCUCCACCAUCUGCGUGCCGGGCCGCCCUUCCCCAGACAGCCCUGUUCAUGUGGUGGCAGCGGACACCACGUGUGCCGCCAUUCAAACUGCCUUCAGCAUUCCACGGCCUGCUCUGCUGCUCCAAAACCCAAAGCUUGUCUGCAGCAGGGUGGUAAAGAAGGGCACUCAGGUUAAUGUCAGUCAGCCUGCCAGCAGUGGGGAGUGCUCGUCCUGGUACUGCACUGCUCAGGGGGAGAGCUGCUCCUCGCUGCAGGCCACUCUGUCGCUGGACGCCUCCUCCCUGGCUCUCAUCAACCCGGCCAUUGACUGCUCCUUACCGCCCCCUCAUCCCCCCGCCACCAUUGUGUGCACAUCCACGACAGGCAGUGCCCCCACGGUCUACCCUCUCUGCACGCGCUGGGUGCUCUCUGCUCCAGAUGACACCUGUGCCUCUCUUGCCACCCGCCUCGCCCUCUCUCUGCCGCUGCUGCUCACCCUCAACCCGGGCCUCCUCUGCUCCAACCUCCCCCGCACACCCGCCACCCUGCCUUCCUUCGGGGAACAGGUGUGCGUGAGUGCAGCCCCACCAAGCCUCCCCUGUGCCAAGCCCAACUACCGGUUUGAGGUGGCGGCUGGAGACACAUUGGUUUGGGUGCGUGGAGGCCCUGCAGAACCUCAACGCGGGGCUCUCCUGCUCUGACCGCCUGCUGCAUGUGGGGCUCACCCUCUGCGCCCCGCCACAGCCGACAGAAGCCUGCCUCGCCCUCAAGGCUCGCACCGCCUGACUGACUAUCUGACUGGCUGACUGCCCCCCACCUGGCUGACUGACCCCACCUGGCUGACUGCCCCCACCUGGCUGACUGCCCUCACCUAGCUGACUCACCUGGCCUGACCUGCGCCCCUUGGUCGCUUGGGGCGCCCUCAAGGCUGACCAUUUGGUCUGACUGACCUGCUCCUUUGGCAUGGAAAACGAUGGGUCACGUGGUGGUGACGUAUCGUUCCCAACGCUGUACAUUGUGUAAUAAUUUGUCAGGUGUUGUCAGGUGUUGCAGUACAUUCCAAAUAUAGAAUCUGCAGACACUUGGAAAACCUCAAGUGUUAGCCUAGGAUCUUUACUGGAAUGGUAGACUAGUAAGACAGUGGAA